AUGUCAACAGAUUGGAUCAACCCCCUCGCCUACAUCGGCCUCGCAGCUCUAACCUACACCACCUACAAAUUCACCCGCCAAGCAACAGUCUACCUCCUCCCUUCGACCCUAUCGAAAACCCACAACCCAUCCGGCCAAAACUGGGCCCUAGUCACAGGCGCCACAGAUGGAAUCGGCUUUGGCUUUAGUCAGGAAUUGUGUGCCCGCGGAUUCAACGUGAUUUUACACGGCCGAAACGCCUCAAAGCUUGAAAAUCGCGCACGUGAGCUAGGGGCUGAAUUUCCAAACUGCAAGACGGAGAUUGUAGUUUUGGACGUUGUGAGCGUGACAUCCGUUGGCAUUGAUUCUGUUGCGAGUCAAAUACGGGCGAUCACAGAAAAACAUGGAGGUGAUCUGAGUGUUUUGGUUAAUAAUGUGGGUGGGGAGGUAAAGCCCUAUACGCUUGUGGAUGGAUAUACAUUUGAGGAGGCGGCGAUGACCGUCGAUAUGAAUGCGGGAUUCAUGUUACAGAUUACGCGAGCUUUGUUGCCAUUACUUUGUGAGGGAACGAAGGGUCUUGUGCUGAAUGUUUCGUCGAUUUCGGCGUUUGGAAUGCCUUAUAUUAGUGUUUAUUCUGCAUCGAAGGGGUUCGUGGAUAGUUUUACGCGGGCGCUGGAGGCAGAGGUUUAUGCCGAGAGUCGGAAUGUUAAUAUCAUGGGUUUGCGUGUGGGACAGGUGCGUACUGCCAAUUUUGGGGUUACGAGAGGUUUGUUUGUGCCAAAUGGGCGUAUACUGGCGUCAGCAGCGUUGAAUCGCGUUGGAUGUGGACAGGUGAUUGUAUGGGCGUAUUUCUGGCAUUGGGUGCAGGGACUCUCUGUUGAGCUGUUGCCACGUUCGAUGAUUUUGAAGAUUACGACGAUGAAGAUCAAGUCGCUGAAGAAGCUAGAGCACGGGGGCAAAAAAGUGAAGAACACAUAG